AUGCAAUUCAAAUACUUAACCUUUAUCUUUACUUUGAUUUUAUGCAUCUCAGCUCACUUUCAACGUUAUACUACCAAGCAAUUGACUGAGGUUGAAGAGCUUCCAGAUAAUUUAGGUCACUUUAGUUGUAUAGCUAUAACUGCCGGUACUUACAAUUGCAAAAUUCUGUUAAGUGGAAAUGAUGACGGUGUUCCAGUUGAAAAACAACAUGAAAAUGGCGCAACGACCAUAAUCAAAUUCAAUAAAAGAGAAGAAGCUGAAGAGUUCAUCAAAGAACAUGAAAAAAGGUUCACUACCCCAGGUUUCGAAAAAAGAGAAUUUGCUACUCUUUUAAAUGUGCAACCAAAAAACAGUCAUGAUUAUCAAGCCGACAAAAGAUCUAACUUUACUAAUAUUGAAAAAAGAAGUGCUACUGAUGAAGGCGAUCUUGGUAAGAGAUUCAACUUGACUGGGUUUGAAAAAAGAUUCAACUUGACUGGGUUUGAAAAAAGAUCCAACUUGACUGGGUUUGAAAAAAGAUCCAACUUGACUGGGUUUGAAAAAAGAUUCAACUUGACUAGCUUGGGCAAAAGGGAAAUAAAUAAUGACAAAAGAUUCAACUUAACAGGUCUUGACAAAAAAUUCAACUUUACCGGCUUCGGCAAAAGAGAUCUUCAAAACGAUAAGAGAUUCAACCUAACUGGCAUUGAAAAAAGACUCAACUUAACUGGCUUGGGUAAAAGAGCUGUUAUUGAUAAAACACUCAACUUGACUGAUUUCAAUAAGAGAUUUGGUCCUUUCUUGAACUCAACUGAAGUUUAG